AUGUCUUUUACCGCGCUUAAUGGUGAGGACAUGGAGCUUCCAUUCGCAGAGCACGAACCGAUCGAUUCUACCGGCGUCACCUUGACCUCUGAGUCUCCGACUUCCAAGAUCAAAGAGGAGCCAAAUGAUGUAUCCAAAACACCAGUCACUCCCCAGAAACGAUCGCACGGAAAAAAGCAACCUUCAACCGACCCAGAAGCCGAAACAAACGACAAUGACGAAGGAAGCCCCACGAAGAGAUCCAGAAAGCCCCCCGGCAAGAAGAUGACUGUCCUGGGUCCAGUACCGGCAAGCUAUGAGGAGGCUAGUCCAGAGGACAGGAUGAUUCUGCGCAUGAAGGAAACUGAGGGGAAGGGUUGGGGUGAGAUACAAAAGGCGAUUGAAGAGGUUACUGGAAGCAACUUUGUAGGUAGCACGCUUCGGGUACGCUAUAUGAAGUUGAAAGCCAAUUUCGUAGUCUUUGAGAGAGAGGACGAAUCCCACCUCCUACAAGGCAAAAAGGAACUCGAAGAGAAGUGGGAGCAUGAUAAGUGGCAGAAGAUUGCUGAGUAUGUCGAAAUGAAAGGUGGAAACAAGUACCCUGCAGCUGCGAUACAGAAAAAGUUCAAGGAACUAAGCAAGUGA